AUGGGAAAUUGUACGAGCAACAAAUAUUUGGCUGAGACGAUGCCGAUGAGCGAUGAGGACGAGGAGGCAGUGGAGACAGUAAGGAGGAGGCUGGUUGUCCAUGAUGGAGCUCGGAAAUGUUCGGCGAAUACGACGACCGAGCUGAAGAUCAGGAUCACAAAGAGAGAGCUGGAGAAAUUAUUGAGCAAAGUUGAUGUGGAGGAGCUGCCAGUGACGGAGCUGUUAUCGCAGUUAAUCGAUGUCGGUGAUGCGUUCGAGAGUACUCACCAGCGAUCAUGGCGGCCUUCUUUGCAAAGUAUUCCAGAGGUGAAUUGA